AUGUCGGGCAAAACCUUCCUGGUAUCGGAUCAGUGCCUACAGCACGCCUUCAGCCUGCACCAGAACAUGUGUGCCAGCUUGCUGCGGGCAUAUCAGGGCCUGUUCUGCUAUUUAACCUCCCUGACCAAGAAUCUUCCCGCAUCCCAGCGCAUAGAGCUAGCCAAGCCCAGCAUGCAGGUCCUUUAUGAACGAGUUCUCAGAAGACCUUACCCUCCAGGCCAAAGGCACGUCUACAUAGAGGAACUUGAUGUGGAGGCCCGACUUAAUGAGCUUUGUGAACAAGUCAAGCAGAGGGCAGAGAGCCCAGAUGAGUUGGCUGAACUGGUGAACAUGAAUUUGGCACAGCUGUGCUCUCUGCUCAUGGCAUUGUGGGGGAAUUUCCUGGAAGUGGUGUCCCUAAAUGAGCGGGUCUCUGCGCUGUUGGCCCAGGAGCACCAUACACUACGGGUGCAAAGAUUUGCAGAAGCUUUCUUUUGUCUUGAACACCCAAGACAGAGUGCACUGGCUUACCAGGAACUGCAUGCUCACAGUCACCAACAGAUGACCACAGCUAUCAAGAACUCCUCCUACUUCUUGUCCUUGCCACCUCUUCCUGUUGAAUGUGCUGAUCUUGAUGGGGAUGUGAACUCCCUACCAAUCAUAUUUGAGGACAGAUAUUUGGAAUCAGUUACUGAAGAUCGAGAUGGUCCAUGGCUUGGUCUUCACAACACCAGGAGCAGCUCUGUGUCCACUAAAGCAGACAGGUCCAACUCAAAGGACUGCCUUGCUAGUGGAUUGGGAGGCCUUGGCCCGUACCCAGAUAAGCAGCAAGCUGCCCUUGCCAUGGCUUGGCCUGAACAGAAUGAGCCUCCCCUCAAAUCCAAAGCCAAAUCUAUCAAGCUAAAGAAGAAUGCCAAGACUGAAAAUUCAAAGAAGCUGAUCAGGCAGAUCUCGAAAGACUCCGUGGUCCUCACAGGCUACAAGAACUUGAAGGUUCCUCAUGGUGAACCGACCACCAAGUCCAAAGAAGUUGACACUCAGUGCAAUCCGAAAGACGAGCUAGAUGAUGUAGGCAAAUAUAUCCACCAGAAUGAAACUGCAACCACGCAUUGUGCUCAGAAUACUAAACACUGCACCACAAGUGACAUUCAAGGCGAUGUUGGCAUCCAGAGCGACAGCUUUUCCAAUCUUUUGAGUUUGCAAAUGCAGGCUAGGCCCCAGGCAGGUACUGGAGCAGAAGCCGCACAAAGCGCAGCUGCCAGAAUUGAUUUAACACAUCCACCCGCUGGGCUCAGACAUAUUGAUGUCAAACCGAGCGACAAGGACCCCUACCAGGGCGAUAAGGUCACCAUUCUCUUACCGCACCACUCAGAUCCAGCCACCAAGAGGGAUGUUCCAGAGAUCACACAGACCGAUUUCUCUGAGUUCAAGAGUCGAGUUGGGGACUGUGCCACGUUCGUUGGAGCUUGUGGAGCCGCGUUAAGAAGUGAUUGUGUUCCUCAAGCUUCCUCCAGGCUCUCAGACUCAGGAAUCGAGAGUGAGCCCAGUUCUGCAACACAGUUAGCAUCGGUUUCUCCAUCUCCUUUUGCGAAUACUAGCCUGGAGGCACCUACAGAGCCCAUUCUACAGAUUGCCCACCAGAGACCAUCUCUGCUCAGCCCUGCUUCCAAAGGAGCCACCACGUUAGAGGGUCUCAAUCCAGAGAGCACCAGCAACAUCAGCGGAGUCCAGUCUUCCCUCGCCUCCAUAAAUUCGCUCCCCUCCGAUGAUGAGGUGGAGACGGAAGUCACUAGCAGAAAGUCCAGCAUCCUUGUGCAGGAACAGAGCCUCAUAUUUUCAGGAGAAACUCAUAGCCUCCCGUUAUCAAGCUCUAGAGUUUUGGCUCAACAAAAAGCCUCUAUCAGUCAUGGAGAUAGGCUGCUGUCUUACAAUGAGGACUCUGCUAUCCAGCCCCGCUGUGAAACUAAUGCUCCUGACAGGCCGACAGGAUCUAGUGAGACCGACGUUCCAAGUGGUGCACCUUCGGGGCCAGAAGCAUGUAGUGAGCCUCAGACGGCUGCCCAGUCCAGUACAUCGGUCACAAGCAGCACGGACCUGGUGAAGAAAGGCUUUGUAGAGAACUACUUUGGCUCCCGUUCCAGCACUGAUGUAUCUGAGAUCAGCCCAUUGGAGACUGCAGCUGUAACGCUGGGGAUUCAGACUUGCCCCAAUGCUAAUGAAGAAGAGGACGAGGAGGAAGAGCAGGAACAUGAGAUGAUUGAGAACGGUUAUUACGAGGAGACAGAUGGGCUGGUUUAUGUUAAUGGACUCCCAGGGGAGGAAGAAAGCUGUGAGGAUGAGGGAGCAGAGGGAAGGACCCUUUUUUAUGAUCACCUGGGUUUGGAACAGCUCCAGGAAACAUACAUCCCCUCAGCCGGCCUGCAGACAGGGCCUUCUGGACCAGCACCAACCAGCAACGACCUGUGCUGGUACAAGAGCGCCCCCACUGCACAGAUGACGGCGUUUGCCCAAGCAAAAGAGGACUUGAAGCAACUAAAGCUGCCAGGUUUCCUGUACAGCGAGGUGGCAGAUCUGGCAUCCACUGUGCCAUAUUUCAGCAUGGAUGAGGAUGAAAACUGUGAUGAGGGCAUACAUUUAAUAGUUUGUGUACAUGGUCUGGAUGGUAACAGUGCGGAUUUGCGUCUAGUGAAGACUUAUUUGGAGCUCGGUUUGCCUGGAGCUCGUAUAGAUUUCCUAAUGUCAGAACGCAAUCAGAAUGACACAUUUGCUGAUUUUGAAUCCAUGACUGACAGACUUUUGGAUGAAAUAGUGCAGUACAUACAAAUCUACAACCUCACAGUUUCCAAGAUAAGUUUUGUGGGUCAUUCUCUGGGAAAUCUGAUCGUGCGCUCGGUGCUGACGAGGCCCAGGUUUAAGUGUUAUCUCAGCAGACUGCACACGUUUCUAUCUCUGUCUGGACCACAUCUUGGCACGCUGUACAACAGCUCAGCCCUCGUCAAUACCGGGUUGUGGUUUAUGCAGAAGUGGAAGAAAUCUGGCUCUCUGCUGCAGCUGACCUGUCGCGACCACUCUGACCCACGCCAGACCUUCCUCUAUAAGCUAAGCAAGAAAGCAGGUCUUCAGUUCUUUAAGAACGUGGUGCUGGUGGGGUCUCUUCAGGACAGAUAUGUCCCCUAUCACUCUGCUCGAAUCGAGAUGUGCAAAACAGCCUUAAAGGACAAACAGACUGGUCCAGUGUAUGCCGAGAUGAUCGAGAACCUUCUUCUCCCUGUGCUUCAGAACAAAGACUGCAACCUGGUGCGUUACGAUGUCAUCCAUGCGUUGCCCAACACCGCCAACUCCCUGAUUGGCCGGGCAGCCCACAUCGCCGUCCUGGACUCUGAGAUUUUCCUGGAAAAGUUCUUCCUGGUGGCAGGGCUCAAGUUUUUUCAGCUUCCUGAACCUAGACGAACAUGAUUGUAGCUGAAACGAAGCAGCCUUGGACCGCGUGUUGGUUUUAUACGAUGUCUCUGGUGCCCAUUGCAUUCUCAUGCACAAUCUUCUCAACCCAGCCUGGAGUUGGGUGGAGAAAACGCACGCUUAGCAUGUUAGUAUUUUCUUUUUAUUACAGGGGAGACAGGUAACAAAUUAACAAUGGGCCAGGUGUAUGGGCUAGAGGGUUAGUCAGUUUAAAACAGCACAAAUACUAGUAAUCGGAUCACAUAGUUGUGGGAAAGUAUUUAUGUUCAGUUUCCUAUGGAGGAAUUUGUUGAUGCUUGUGUGCAAAAUACUUUAAAUAAAACAUUGGAAUUAUCCUGGUUUUGUUCAAAUGGUUUUGUAACAUGAACUCCACAUUUCAUUAAAUGUAUUCGCAAAUAAAUGUUUUUGUCCU